UCCCACCACUAGGUGCUGCUUGCUCCUGCACCCAGGGCUUUCCCCCAGGCGCCCUGGUCACGUGCUCAUGGAUGUUGAUGCAGACCAGCAGAGACCGGGGCCGCGGAUCAUGGCUGAGGACGUGUCAGAGGAGAAUCUAACCACUGGGCUGUCGCUGCUCGUCAAGGUGGGAAACGCACUCCUGGAGACGGCGAAGCAGGAAGCAGAAGCCUCUCUGGAGACGUUUGUCCCACGAAGGAUCACGACCCUGUACGGUCUGCUGACGGCCGGAGCGGACCUGUACAAAAGACUGGGAGUGAAGAAGAAGAGCGAGGCCGAGGCACUUUGGCAGAAGUCUGAACACCACGAUGCUGUGAGAGAACAGGUGGAGGAACUUCUGCAGCUGGAGGUCUGUUUGUUCAAACAUUUAGUCAUUGCGUUGACCUUUUUGGUCCGGUUCGUGGAGAGGUCUGUGUUUGUGCUGCAGAGGAGGUGGGACUCCUUCCUGGAGGCGGUGGGCACACGUCUGCAGACGGAGGAUGGAGGCGCCGCCACAGGCAGUCUGAGCCCUGACGCUGUGCUGACGGAGGCGCUGAGUGGACGGGCUGUAACUCUGGGUCGGUACCUGGGUCAGGGUCACAGGCUGCUGCUGGUUCUCAUCAGACAUUUUGGGUGCCUGGCGUGUAGAGACCACGUGGCCGAGCUGCUGAACAGCCAGGCCGACCUGGAAGCUCGGUCCAUGCGGGUCCUGGUGGUUUCGUUCGGCAGCAGAGAAGGAGCUCAGAUGUGGCUGGAGCAGACUGGAUGCAGCUUCGAGAUGGUGCUGGAUCCACAGAGACAGAUCUACAGGACUUUGGGCCUUAGCUCGUCUUUCACCAAGGUGAUGAAGUUCAGCUGCCUGCUGCAGUACUCGGAGUACGGCGCUGUGGACAGAGACUUCCCCGACGUCCCCUCUCGUCUGCUGGAGGACAUCUACCAGCUGGGAGGUGACUUCCUGCUGGAUGACACGGGGAAGGUGCUUCUGUCCCACGCGUCUGAUCACCCUCUGGACCGGCCGACGGUGGCCCACAUCCUGGAGGCCGUGGAGGCUGUGGAGGCCGAGGGCCGCUCUACAAGCCCAGCAUAGAAACAGCACAGAGGCUGGGAGAGGAAUGAGACACCACAGAAGAAGAAACGCAUCCUCUUUAAUGUCAGUGUAGACUCUUAAUAACAGUCAUUUAUAGUAGAUAAAAGACAUCAUAUACUAUAUGUAAUGUAAAAAUGCAUUUAAAACAGAUUGUUUUAUCAGUUGUCUCAAUCUGAUUGAUUUUAGAUGUUCUAAAUAAACCUGUGUCGAUUCUA